AAAUGGAAAGUGGUUUGUUUGGGUUGUUUUUUCCUCACUCUGGGAUUCUUGUAACACAGCAUCCCAGUGGACUCUGAGGGGUAUUUAACUUACUGGGAAGGGUGUCCAAAUUCUCUCCCAUCUAAAUGCAGCAUCUGUAGCAGUGUGGAAUGUGUGUUGUACAGCUAUGAAUGUCUCAGGCAUUCAGUGUGUCUCCUUUUUCACACAAUAGCUUCUAUUUAUGGGUUUGAAUUGAGCUGGACUCAUGCAUUCAACAUGUCUUUGCAUAUGUUUUUCUUUUUCUUUUGGUUUUUCUUUUUUUUUCUUUCUUUUUUUUUUUCUGUUUCUUUCUUUUGUAUUUUAAGGUUUGUAGAAACUCCGAGCCCCUUCUCCUGGAAGGAGAGUUACUACUGCUCAGCCAUGUCCCAGAGCUCUCAGCCCAGGGAAUUCCUCAGCCCAGAAGUAAUCCAGCAUAUCUGGGACUUCCUGGAACAGCCAAUAUGCUCGGUUCAGCCCAUUGAUUUAAACUUCAUCGAUGGCCCAUCUGAAGAUGGCUCCACAAACAAAAUUGAGAUCAGCAUGGAUUGUGUCCGGGUGCAGGACACCGAGCUCAAUGACCCAAUGUGGCCGCAGUACACGAACCUGGGGCUCCUGAACAGCAUGGACCAGCAGAUCCAGAAUGGCUCUUCCUCCACCAGCCCUUACAACACGGAGCACGCACAGAACAGCGUCACGGCCCCCUCACCCUAUGCCCAGCCCAGCUCCACUUUUGAUGCCCUUUCUCCCUCCCCAGCCAUCCCUUCCAACACAGACUACCCAGGACCUCACAGCUUCGAUGUAUCAUUUCAACAGUCCAGCACAGCAAAGUCAGCAACAUGGACGUAUUCCACCGAACUGAAAAAGCUGUACUGCCAGAUCGCCAAGACAUGUCCCAUCCAGAUCAAAGUGAUGACCCCACCACCUCAGGGAGCUGUCAUCAGGGCUAUGCCAGUCUACAAGAAAGCUGAACACGUCACCGAAGUGGUCAAACGCUGCCCAAACCACGAGCUGAGCCGGGAGUUCAACGAGGGACAGAUUGCACCUCCCAGCCACCUGAUUAGAGUGGAAGGGAACAGCCAUGCCCAGUAUGUAGAAGACCCCAUCACUGGGAGGCAGAGUGUGCUGGUCCCCUACGAGCCACCCCAGGUCGGUACUGAAUUCACUACGGUCCUGUACAACUUCAUGUGCAACAGCAGCUGUGUUGGAGGGAUGAACCGCCGCCCAAUCCUUAUCAUUGUGACCCUGGAAACCAGAGAUGGGCAAGUCUUGGGCCGCCGAUGUUUCGAAGCCCGUAUUUGUGCUUGCCCAGGCAGAGACCGCAAGGCAGACGAGGACAGCAUCCGCAAGCAGCAAGUGUCUGACAGCACAAAGAAUGGUGAUGGUACGAAGCGCCCUUUUCGACAAGGAACUCAUGGCAUACAGAUGACAUCUAUCAAAAAGAGACGUUCCCCAGAUGAUGAGCUCUUGUACUUGCCAGUGAGGGGACGGGAGACGUACGAGAUGCUCCUGAAGAUCAAGGAGUCUCUGGAGCUGAUGCAGUACCUUCCCCAGCACACGAUUGAGACCUACCGGCAGCAGCAGCAGCAGCAGCACCAGCACUUGCUCCAGAAGCAGACCUCCAUGCAGUCGCAGUCCUCCUAUGGCUCCAACUCUCCACCGCUCAGCAAAAUGAACAGUAUGAACAAGCUGCCCUCGGUCAGCCAGCUCAUCAACCCCCAGCAGCGCAAUGCCCUGACCCCAACCACCAUCCCCGACAGCAUGGGAACCAACAUUCCCAUGAUGGGCACCCACAUGGCCAUGACCGGUGACAUGAAUGGCCUCAGCCCCACGCAGGCGCUGCCUCCUCCCCUCUCCAUGCCUUCAACGUCCCACUGCACCCCCCCUCCUCCAUACCCCUCAGACUGCAGCAUCGUCAGCUUCUUAGCGAGGUUGGGCUGCUCAUCCUGUGUGGAUUAUUUCACGACCCAGGGGCUGACCACCAUCUAUCAGAUUGAGCAUUACUCCAUGGAUGAUCUGGUGAGCCUCAAGAUCCCGGAGCAGUUCCGCCAUGCCAUCUGGAAGGGCAUCCUGGACCACCGGCAGCUCCAUGACUUCUCCCCUCCCCACCUGCUGCGCACCCCCAGCGGCGCCUCCACGGUGAGCGUGGGCUCGAGCGAGACGCGCGGGGAGCGGGUCAUCGACGCCGUGCGCUUCACGCUGCGCCAAACCAUCUCCUUCCCGCCCCGCGACGACUGGAACGACUUCAACUUCGACAUGGACGCCCGGCGCAACAAACAGCAACGCAUCAAAGAGGAGGGGGAGUGAGACCCACGGGCCCCCUUCCACCCCGCCCCGGCCACGAACUGCUCAGCCCUUCAUUUGUCUUCCUUCUGCUUGGUACUGCACCCCCGGACAGAGGGCGGAGGGAACCUUCUUGCUCGCUCCUGCUAGGUCAUGCCCUGGGUGCUGUCUAGCUCGUGCUCCUGGACUGCAGCCUUCACCCCAGCUCUUGCAAGGGGAAGAGCUGAGCGAAGGGGGAAAGGCGGGUGGUAUUUCCUUGAAAACCAUUGACCUUCUUGAGAAGGCAAACUUGUUUUGUGUUUUCCUUUGGGGAGAGGGCUUCUUUUCUCAACUUUUGAAUCUUCGCACACCGUAUGGGUGCCCUGACUUGCAAAUGUGUUUCUCCCACCCAGCCAUCCCACUUUGAAAAGCAGGAAGGUUAAAAUUCUAAAAAGCCAAAAAAAAAAAAAAAAAACCCAAGCAACCAAGCGCACCCCAACAGCACAACCAAAGGCAAGAAAGCCAAAGCAAUUCAGUUUAUCUGAAAAAUAAAUGGGAAGUGGUCUGCUGAACGUUGCACUUAAACAGCCUCCUCCCCUGGAGCUGAGUGCUCUGUUCAUGUGUAAUACUCUCCAGCGGAGACAGCACAUGCACUUUGCUGGGCAGGCCAGUGCUUACAGCACCUGCAUCCUACUUUUUCCUUUUCCCUCACCUUCUCUGGAAAAACCAAGCCUGCUCUCUUCUUGUUUUGGAUAUACUUUCGUAUGUAUGCCCUGGUUUGCUCCAUUCAAGCUCACUGGUGUAAAUAAAACUACUCGUCACUCUUGCAUUCUGCCUCCACCCAAAGUUUACCCAUGCUGCAAUACUACUGAAAUUUAAGCUAUAGGAUUAGGCUUUGCCACACAUGCAGCCUGGCUAGUUAAGCAUAAGGAUUUGCCCACCUAGCCUCCAGUUAAAUGGAGGAGCGAGAGCUGCACACAAGUUUGUAGGGCUUCAGCUAUCCUA